UAAAUCAUUUUUUGAUAUAAAAAAAAAUGAAAGAACUCCCCUCUCCCCAACUAUCACCUAUUUAUUUCCCUCCAAUUCCUUUCCAAAAACCAGCACUACCAGCCCACAACCAUCCCUCCAAUGGCCUCCCUCCUCCUCCCUGUCCUCCUCCUCUCCCUCCUCUCCUCCUCCUCCUCAACGUUACCACCACCCUCCUCCUCCCCCAGUCCCCUCACGGCGAAAGCCGCCGCCCUCCGCUACUGGCACCGGAAGAACCCCCACCACCGCCCCCUCCCUCCUUUCCUCCUCUCCAAACUCUCCCCUCUCUCCCCGCUCUCCUCCGCCGCCCUAUUCUCUGCCAUCUCCUCCGCCACCACCCCACUCCCCUCUUUCCUCUGCUCCGCCGCCCACCUCCUCUGCUCCUCCUCCCACUCCCCUCCCUCUCCCUCCGACUUCUCCAACUACAACCAUGCCAACUUCUCCUCCUACGGCGACUCCCUCUCCGGCGGCCGCGACGCCUUCAAGAGCUACUCCUCCGACGCCAACACCGCCGCCGACUCCUUCCGUCGCUACUCCCUCCGGUCAUCCUCCCGCCCGGACUCCUUCUCCUCCUACUCCUCCGACGCCAACAUCGCUGGGGCAUCCUUCUCCUCCUACGCAGCCGCUUCCUCCGCCGCCUCCGGUUCCUUCUCCUCCUACGCUGCCACCGCCAACGUCCCCGACCUCCGCUUCUCCUCCUACGACCCCGCCGCCGUCCACCGCCCCCGCACCUUCUCCUCCUACUCCCCGGAGUCUAACUCCGGCGGCCAGAGCUUCUCCUCCUACGGCCGACGAGCCACCGGCUCCCCAGCCACCUUCUCCGCCUACGCCGCCGACGCCAACGUCCUCGGCAGCGGCUUUGCCGGCUACGGCGAGGCCGCCACCGCGGCCAACGACACCUUCUCCUCGUACGGAUCCCUCUCGAACAAGCCGUCGAACACCUUCCGGACAUACGGCGACGGCGGGAGCAGCGGGGUGGAGAGCUUCGCGGCCUACCGGGAACGUGCCAACACCGGCACAGACACCUUCCGGUCCUACGCGAAGCACGGGACCGCGGCCCGCGCCGAGUUCUUAAACUACGGCGCCUCGUUCAAUCCCGGGUCGGAUUCUUUUAACGGGUACGGUGAGGGAGCCGUGGACCCGGUAAUCGGGUUCAGGGUCUACGCCGGCGAGAAUACCACCUUCAAAGCAUACACCAAAUCCGGCAUCACCUUCGCCGCUUACCGCAACAAGUCUUCUAAUCCGGUCCCACCGCACGCUAGUGGCAAAUAUGUAUAUAAGAGAUGGGUGGAGCCCGGAAAGUUCUUCAGGGAAAGCAGUCUCCAGAACGGGACGGCGAUGCGGAUGCCGGACAUCCGGGACAAGAUGCUGAAAAGGUCAUUCUUGCCCCGGCCCAUAGCGGAGAAAUUACCUUUUUCUGCCAUGGCGCUCGCGCCGCUCUUCGGCGUCUCCAUGGGCUCGACGAUGGGGAGAGCAAUGGCGGAGACGGUGGCGGAGUGCGAGCGAGCUCCAAGCAGAGGUGAGACGAAACGGUGCGUGGCAUCCAUGGAGGGCAUGAUCGACUUCGCCACAUCCAUGCUGGGGAACGGCAAUGUCGUGGUCCGGAGCGCCGAGAACGCGAGGGGAUCCGGGGGGCGAAUAUCGCUGGGAAACGUGAGGGGGAUCAAUGGCGGUAAGGUCACCCGGUCGGUGUCCUGCCACCAGAGCUCGUUCCCGUAUCUGGUGUACUACUGCCACUCGGUGCCCCAAGUGAGGGCAUACGAAGCCGACAUCCUCGAUGCCGAGUCUGGCGAGAGGAUCAAUCAUGGUGUUGCCAUCUGUCAUUUGGACACGUCGGAUUGGAGCCCCGGGCACGGGGCUUUUGUGGCCCUCGGAUCUGGGCCUGGACAGAUCGAAGUCUGCCAUUGGAUCUUUGAGGGGGAUAUGACCUGGACGGUUGCAGAUUGAUCAUCAAAGGCCUAUUUUAUUGAGAGCAAAAAAAAAUGGAAGAACGGUGAACCAAGUGUUCCUCCUUUGGCCCAGAUCAAGGUAGCGGAUUGUGCGGUCCAUACUGUAGAGAAAGAUAUAGCUGUCCAAGUUGUUCGUUUUGCUACCAUCUGAUGAUCAUUGUCCGUCUAUAUUGUUUUUUCUUUAGUAAAAUCGGAUUUAUUAAACUAAUUUAG